GCGGAGUUCUGUUCCACUGUAUAUGCAAAGCAAAUGGGAGACUGAAGAAAGCAGCCGAGACUCCUCCUCCUGCAGAAACUACCUCCUAACUGAAAGUGAAGGAGACAUAGCCCAGCUCAGCUCCAACUGCAUAGGACUCAGCACUGCACGGUAAGCCCUCUUUAACACAUACUGCUUCUAUAUCCACAUCCAUAUACCUCUACACAGCACAAACACAUCAUUGACAAGCAAUUACCAUGGAAACCAAUCGAAUGUUUAUGCAGAUAGUUCUACAACUUGAUCUGGAUACAAUAUUGCCCAAUUCGGUUAGUUUACCGAAUAAUCAUGUGAUUGUCUAUGAAAUGUAUCCAUAUAGGGAGCUGAGAGCAGGCAGUGGUUCAGCUAGUGAGUGAAUAAGAGAUUAAGUUAAUUAAGUAUACAUAGCACUAUCAGCAUAGACAUACAGAUCAAUACAUUGUGCAGUUGUUAAGGAAAUAGAAAAAUGGAAACAAAGAACCAAGAAGUAUUGUGAGCUAUAAUCUCAAACAAUUUGUUAACUUUUCUAAAAGCACAUUUAUUUUUGUAUUUGUGCUUUUCUUGAGGCCCAGAUCCUUUGCAGGGCUAGCAGUAGGUGUGGUGAGUGUAAAUAGAAUGUUCUGUCGCUGAGAGAUUGCAGUUUCCUCAAUUCUCACAGCAGGCGCACUGCAUUGUGACCCCAUGCAGAUGUGUGGUAACUGCUAGCAUUCUGCUCCUCUGAACAUAUUAUUCUGAAUUAUUUAUGUAUUCUUAUAGAAUGACACAUUUUAUAAAGAGCAAAACUGAAUGUUUAUUAUAAACAAGUGUUUUGUUGGUCUGGGGAUAGUAUUUCAUAACACUCUAAACUUCUAUCAUAAAUUAAAAAAAUUGGGCAAUAACCGUUUUAUAACUGCCAUGUAUUUCAGCUCUAGAGGUACCUUUUUUUUUAAUAUACUUCUGGCUUUCCUAGGGAUUAGGCAGAUCUAUUUCUGGCAUAUGACACGUCACUUGUCCUUCAAGGGUUAAUGGAAAUUCAUACUUUGCACAUAGACAGUUGUUAAGCAGUAACUUUUAUUAGUCAUUCUUGGGUAUGCCAUCAUAAACAUGCCUAUUUCCUACAAUCCUGUCGAUACAUGAUUUUCAGUAACUUCCUUUGAUGGUCAUAGUAAUAUUGUUUGUAUCGAUUUCUGAUACAUUGUAGCAAUACACUUGGGGGCUGUGUAUGUAUGCAACUCUCUAAGUGUUGAUCCAUGCAUUGUGCUGUGCUGAGGAGAAUAUUGUUGUUUUUUUGCAUUUAAAAAAUAGUUUUGUGUCUUCCAAGAGGCAAGGCCCCAGAGGAAGUUCAUUUAAAUAUUGUAAAACCUUCAUGGGUUAUUAUAAACUAAAAUGUGUUGCGUGGAAAACUGGCAAAUGAAUUGCAAAUUUUAAACAGAUCAGCUGUUUAGGCCUAUUAUUUCUCAGUUAAUUUGUCAGUUCUUCACAUUUCACAGUUGAAUAACUCCAGCAAUAUAUGAAUCAAUGUGUGCCUGCCCUGGUGCUGUAAUUCUUUAGAAUACUCAGGGUAAACAGUACCUACUAACGUAACAUAAUGGAAAUCUAUCUCUCUGGAAAGGAAAAGGGUUAAUGUUUUUGCAAUUCCUAAUUCCUUGAGCCUGAUUAGUCCAUUUUGUGUAAAUAGUUUAGUUUAUGUGGUAUUGGCUUGUGGGAGGAGUGUGCCUGUAAAAUGGUGGUAUUGUGACCUCACAUGCGGAUUUUCCUGCCUGAGAGGAAAGUAAUUCCAGGCCAAGUUGUGAAUUCUUGGACCCUCCCUCUACUUUAAUCUUCUAAAUAUAGUCCAGUUGGCUGGAUGCUGACAGAGUAUGCAUUAUGCUGGUUAAUCACAGCAACUCUCCUGUGGUUGCCAUCCAGUCUGCUCCAUGCUGGGAGCUAAAAUGGGUGGUAAAAUCAAGUUAGUACAAGUACAAGACCUACUUUAGCAGCAGUAGUUCUUGCCAGAACUAGUUUCAAGCUGUCCUCAAUUUGGUAUUAUUUAUUAUUAACCCAUUACGAACCAUGAAGGGACAUAUCGUCAUAACAGUUUGAAACUUAAAGAUAAUCUGCUAACAUGGAUCAGCAAUGGCUAACUAGCAGGAAAUUCCUUGGAACUGGGUCUGUACGGCUCAGUUUGCUACGAUGACCUUUAUAGUGGAUAAUCAGGAUUUUAAAUAAACAGGGCAAAAUAUAAAGACUAAUCACAAAGAAGACAUUUAAAGAAUCAUUACAAAAAUAUGUCUGUUUAGAAGUUUGGGAUUGUCACCAGCUGUAGAUAGAACUAUUUUGAGCUCCAUUUUUUUUUUUCACAUUGAAAAAUUCAUGACAUUCCAAAAAGCUAUUUAAAUAGACUAGUCAUUCACUGAUGGGUGGGUUAUGAGGUCUGAUUUAACCCCUUAAGGACCAAACUUCUGGAAUAAAAGGGAAUCCGGACAUGUCACAAAUCAGUCUCCACAUGUCUCCAAAUCAGUAGUUAACUAUAAGAUAAGGCUAGGGACUAAUGAAAGUAUUUAGAAAAUUGGGCAGACUAGAUGGGCUGAAUGGUUCUUAUUUGCCGUCACAUUCUAUGUUUCUAUGUCAUGUGUCCUUAAGGAGUUAAAUAGAGAAUACACAAUUUAUUUUUAUUUGGCCUGUUGGUCUUGCAAACAUUGUUAUAUAACAAUAGGGUAGGUUAAAAUGUUCUGUAUAUUUGAAACAUUGUAGUUUAACCCCUUAAGGACACAUGACAUGUGACAUGUCAUGAUUCCCUUUUAUUCCAGAAGUUUGGUCCUUAAGGGGUUAAUCUGCAAUAUUUAUAGGGUAGCAUGUUAAAGGAAUACUAUAGGAUUUGGAAUGCAAACCUUUAUUCUUAAUGCUAUAGUUACCCUGUCCCUCCAUCUAUGUACCACCCCCUCUCCCAACCCCCAUUUCUAGUAAAGAUUCUGAAAAGAAGAGUUUUACUCAACAUUUUCCAUCACUGCACCCCUCCCCUUGUCCCACAUUGUCAUGUAGGAGCCAUAGAGUAACAUUGGGGACUAGAGUUAAGCUAACCCAGACUGUAAAGUUCGGCUUCGUACCGAACAUUACGUUUUUUGGACCCCGGACCCGAACACGGACAUAUCACUGUAUGUUCGGGUUGGAGUUUGGUGUUCGGCGAUUUAAUGACGCGUUUUGAAAGGCUGCAGGGCAGCCAAUCAACAAGUGUUUGACCCGUGUGCCCUUAGAUGCCAUCACAGCCAUGCCUACUAAUGGCAUGGCUGUGAUUGGCCAGUGCAGCAUGUGACCCAGCCUCCAUAUAAGCUGGUUACGUAGUAUUAUUACAUUAUGCCCCUACUCGUUCUACCGUGAGUAGGGGCAUGUCUAUUAAACAGUGAGCAGCCUGUGGCAAAAAUGUAUAUACAUAUGCAUAUGCCCCACUGCACACCAUCUAAAUGGAUUUUUUUGUAAAUCUUUAAAUUAAUAAAAAUAGUAUGAUCGUGGUUCUCGGCAGAGCUGGUGGCGGAUCUGGACCCUUUACAAAGAACACCUCAUUAAAUAUUAAUGGUUAUUAAAACCAGAAGCAUUCUUGACUAUGAUGGAGGGAUAAAGGAUCGAACCAGCACCCAGUUAAUUCAAUUACUUCAGUUUCUCUAUUUUUGUUUAAUCACACCAAGUCCAGCCACCAACUCCUCAACGCUGACACUGACAUCAAACAAAGUCAGUACUUUACUGUAACAAUGGACACUAUGCCUUAGCCCGACAUACGUUACUAAAAGACAAACCAUAACCAGACAUGACUUCUUUUCAUAAGGUCGGAAGUGACAUAUCAUUGCAGAUCUCAACGAUGAAAUACUGACCACACAAACUGAACAUUGAUUAUCUGUGGGAACUGGACUUAGAAGUUGCCUCUUUUUAUGUUUGUUUGUUUUUUUCCUUCCUUUAUGUUUUGUUAACUAACAAAAGAAAAACGUUCAUGUCAAAUGUUAACCGUAUAACCGCUCAAUAUUUACAAUAUUGAAAACCAUAUUAUAUAUGAUAAAUAUAUAAAAAAUUGCAUUAGAAAUUUGUAAAUAGCAGAUUUCUCCAAAUCAGUAGUUUUUCCCAGAUCAGGCUACUUUGGCUUAAAUCUUGUGUUUCACGUGUCUGUUCCUCGAAUUAGAUAAACCUCUUUGCGUUCCCCCCCCCCAAAAAUAAUAAUAAUUAAAAAAAAAAAUAGUAUUAUCUUUACAAGUAAAGUACUUCAACAGUAGUAUAUGUAACGUUAUCACAAUUAGCAUAUAUUGUCAUACAUAUACAAUCCAGAAACUCAUAAAUAAAUACAUCAGCAUACACAUUUACCAAAGACGCCUCAGGCUUUAUCGGGGGGAUUGAGUCAUCAUUAUAUUAUUAUUAAAGACCCUGUGAUAUUUUCUGUUUGUUCUCUUUAAAUUGUUUAAUGAUUAAUGCUGCUGGAACUGCACCUUCCCUCUUUUUGUUGUCUUUGUAAUUUCUGAGGGUGUGGAUUUUUUCAUUCUGUAGUAGAAGUUUAUUUUUGUACCUUUCCUCUAAGCUUUUUUGGAGAUGGCCCUUUUUGUAUUUUUAGCAUUUAUCAAUGACAAUUGAGAAAAAAAAAGUGCUUCUUUGGAAUGCGAAUGUUUGUCCUAAUGUUUAUUGCAGAAGUAUAUACACAAUAGGUUAUAAUGCAUUCUUUAAAGAUAACUGUGACAAUUGCAGAAUAAAUUACCUUUGUUAAAUUAAUGCCCUCAGCCCCUCUGUUCCUGUGUGUCCAACUUGUCUGCUUUCAACUACAUGUCUGUUCGUCCACCCAUUGUAAAGCGCUGCGGAAUUAGAUGGCGCUAUAUAAAUAACAAUCAUAAUAAUAAUGCUCAUAUUUAGUUCCCAGAUAGAGAAGAAACACAGACUAUUGAAUAUACUGGACUUGCAGAUAAUCAUGACCUUCCCAUUGUAUCCACCAAGCAUAUCCCACUAGCACCUCAGGGGUCUGCUGUGACAUAGCUAGUUUAGUAAGUGCAGAUGGAUGAAAGGAGACCUGUGAAGUAACUGCACAAUACAAUUUAAGGCAUGGCACAGCUGUUUUAGGUUUUCUUUCCCGUAAGUAUUUUCUUUACUGGAUCCUGAGGUGACAGCAUGUGCGUGGUUGUCACUGGCUCUCCCACACAAAGCUAGUAAGAACCUGUCAAACGUAUAUGCACAAACACUCUACAAGUAUAGGUAUGAACAGUGUAAAGCAUUGAUUACUCAUUGAGUGUCACUGAAUGUGUAAGUGUGGCUUGAAGGGUUCAGUGAUUUUAUUUUUAGCAGUUGAGGGAGACCAAAAAGGGCCAGAUAUACAUGUCAAGAGCCUGUUGGUAUUAUUGAUUGGACAUAGCAGGCAUAAAAAAAAAAAAUCUAAGAAAAAUAAAAUAUAACAUUUGACAACUGCAUAUAUAUAUAUAUAUAUAUAAUAUGUGUAUAUGUGUGUGUGUAUGCAUGUGCAUAUUUCUGCUUUCUACUUGAAAAGUAAGUAUAGAAAGUGUAUGAAACUGUGUACAUUCAGAAAGUGUAUUAUUGGGGGGUGGGUUAAGGUUAAAGAGUGAGCGUAUUCUCAGAGUUAAUUACAUAGGGCAUUUAGUGUUAAUUGGACUUAUAGGCAUACUCUGGGUACCAUCACAACUUAAAUUGUUACGGUGCAAGGAGGUUCUGAUGUGGCUUACCUGAAGGGGUGCCCGAUAGAUAUGACCCUUCAGUUCCAGUUUAAGGCUUCAAUCAAGAAACCUCAGAUUGGGCCCUGCUGAGAGUAUUAGCCAGGGGUCAAGUCCUGGGGAAUAAAGUGUGGGAACUCACCCAAAAUCCACCUCCCCAAAAAUAAUAUACACGCGUUUGCAUAUAGAAACGCGUGCACAGACACACUCUGACACACACAUACACUCAUACACAGACACACACACUCACACACACACACAUACUCAGUCACACUCACAUACACUCACAGAAACACAGAAAUUAUUAUUUUUUUACAUUUAAAAAUGUCCACCCAGCCUCCCUACCUGGAGAGCUGGUGUGGACCUGUCCCUGGGGUCCAGUGAGGCGGGCGCUUGUCUCCCUGUCAGAUGCAGCGAGGGAGCGGUGUUCUCUCUGCUCUGCUCCCUCUCGCCGCGCAGGCUGUCUACUGAUGCUGGGAACUGGAAUAUGACGUCAUAUUCCGGCUCCCAGCAUCAGCAAACGAUGCAUAAGUGAGUAGAUCAGAGAGAACACAGCUCCCUCGCCGCAUCUGACAGGGAGAUAGGUGUCCACCGGGGGGGUCUAUCAGGGGGCCAUUAAGCCACCUCUUGGGCCCCCCCAUGACAUGGGGAACACGGAGGGCAUUUGGGGGCAGCAUUUUUUGCCGUCCCCUGAGUGCCUGCAGGAGCAACUGGAAUGGCAUUCCUGCUGUAAAAAAGUGCAGGAACAUCGUUCCCACACAUUCCUGCAGGGCUCGAGCCCUGUAUUAGCUCCGAUUUUAGGUGUGAUAUCAUUUUCUCCUUUUUUCACAGAUUGAGUAGGUGCUUAGCAAUUGUCAUGGGGAAAACUGAUUUACAUAGGAGUGGCACUCUCCCAAUACUCACGUAGUAAAAUAUGUUUUAAAAUGGCACCAGUACAAACAUGCUUGUUCUAUCGUGCCAUCUUAAGGUGAUACACUUUCUGUGCCUGACUUCCUAUUGUAAUUUUGAGCCAGGUGUAGAAAUAUGCAGCUGCAGUGUGAAACUUGACUAUUAAAGGGACACUGUAGGCACCCAGACCACUUCAACUCAUUGAAGUUGUCUGGGUGCAAACUCCCAUCACCCUUAACCCUGAGCAUGUAAUUAUUGCAGUUUUUAUAAACUGCAAUAAUCACCUUGUAGGGUUAAGUCCUCCUCUAGUGGCUGUGUACCAGACAGCCACUAGAGUGACUUCCGGCUUCAUAGACCGCUUUUUGGUCAUCUAAACAAUGCUGGACGUCCUCAUGCUAUGUAUGAGGAACUCCAGCAUCGCCAGAAUCCCCAUAGGAAAGCAUUAAAUAAUGCUCUCCUAUGGGGAGAUCCUAAUGUCUUCCCCGCCGACGGACGUCAGCAGAAGAGUAGCAUGGGCAGAGCUGAGCCAGCGCAUAGGGACAUCAGCGCUGGAUCCAGGUAAGUGACAAAAAGGCUUAUUAACCCCUUCAGCACCACGGGGUGGGCCUUGACAGAAGGGGAAGCUAUGAGUUUGUUUUCCUGGCACUAUAGUUUCCUUUUAAGCAAUGCCAGUUUACGAAGAGGGGUGAGCUGAUCUUGGCAAUAGAUUUACAGAUGUUCUAUGUACCUGUUCUCUGGGUUGAGAAGGACCAUAUGCUUAGUUGUGGUUUAGUCACAAAUAACCAAGAACAAGAAAAACAGUUGUAUAUAAUAGCAGAUACCAAAAGCACACUAAUAGCUAUGUACGCCAUCCGAAUGCAAGGAUAAGUAUAAAACCUUGGUCCAAACAUGUUUAAAAAUAAAUACUAGACGUAUAUACACUAGUUUGCUAUUUAUUUUAAUCUUGAAUUUAUAAGUAGUCCUGAAAUCAGGAAAGCGGUUCAAUUCUCCAACUAUCUGCUUUUUAUAUUAAAAAUGUUGCAAAUGACAUGAUUACAUUUUUCCACUUCUCUUUAUGCUUUCUCAAUGCAAACUGCACAGGACAGAGCUUAUAGCAAUGAUUGACAGAGAGCUAAGAUAGAGGUCCCCCGUUUUCCGAUAGAAUUGUUGAUUUCUACAUUUUAAUUUUGUUUUUUUACUCCUCGCAAAUUUGUUAAAUAUAGGGAUAAGCAAACCUAAUAUUACAUUUCCUGGGAAGGUGCAGUUCCCCUUUAAUAAUAAAAAGUUGUUAAAUAUGUCUGAAAAUCUGAUACACAGAAAAUACACAAUUGCACCAUAAGUUUUGAAAGGAGCAAAGGUGGUUAUAGUGCUUAAAUAAGUUUAAAUAAAAGUAGUAAUAAAUUGUCUAAAUUUAGCAUUUUCUUAAAAAAUGGGUGUGUGCGCGUUCAUCAUAGCAGAGGAACAUUUAUUGUCAGAGGCAAAGCACAAACACAGUAGUGCUCUCCACUAUGUAAGGUCUUUGACCUUUGCUUGUUGAUAUUAAAUAGCACUAAAUGAAUGGAAUGUUGUUCUUCGCUGUUGCUAGGGAUAGUUGUCUUAUCUGCAGAGGAGAUUCCUAGCACCCCAUGUGUGCCUGAAAUGCAGUGUUUUAUAUAUAAAUAUUGCAGCCUAAAUCUAUUUAUAUUAACAGGAAAGUAAAAUGUCCACCCUUACCGUUACUGUUAUUGGAAUGUAUUACCAUUAUUCUUAGUUCUUAGCUAUUUAGAAAAAAUGUGUAAAGGGUCACAUUCAUUUUUACUAGGGAUAAUCUUUCCAAGCAAUUGUUUGUGACCUCAGAUAGUUUGGAACAAGCAGAACUGGAUUUUCUAUGACUUUAUGCCAUGCCCCUAAGAAAUAUUUACUCUAUUUGGGCGGUAAAUCGGCAUGGCUCUAGGCUGUUAAAGCCUUGCCUAUACUCCUCCCAGUGAUCUCUUCCUCACCCAUGUUCUGUUUAGUUAUACACAUUUUAGUUUUACUGAGUUGGUGAAUGGGGGAUAUCAACCAUACUGACAUAUAGAAAACCUAGAGAUUUAUGUAUGGGUGAGCUGGAAACAAAGUGUUAAAUUCCAAGUUGGUGCUACAUAUUGUUACUUAUUUUUAAAGAGUAAUAUUUUAAGAUUAAAGGAUUGUAUUUAACCCCUCCAGGAUUAAGCCAAAUGUACACUUUUUGAUCAAAAUAAAACGUAAACAAAACUUGUAAUUUGACUAUGUCUGUUCAACCGUAAUUCACCUCUUUCAUAUUAAGUGCACUCACACUUGUUAUAUAUCAUUUUAUUCAGGAGAAAUAGGGCUUUCAUUUAACAUCAAAUAUUUAGCUAUGAAACAUAAUUUAACAUGAAUAUAAUAUAAAUAAAUGUGAAAAAUUAAGAAAUGUUAUUGUUUUUCGUUCUGCAUGAAAUUUUAACUGUGAAUGUCAUAAUACUGUUUGCUUUCACUCUAAUAAUAUAUACAUUUGUAUUCAGCGAUGUUUCAUGUGUAAAACAGUACCCCCUAUGUACAGGUUUUAUGGUGUUUUGGGAAGUUACAGGGUCAAAUAUAACAUGUUAAAAUUUUCAUUUUUUCACAUUGAAAUUCGCCAGAUUGGUUACGUUGACUUUGAGACCGUAUGGUAGCCCAGGAAUGAGAAUUACCCAAAUGAUGGCAUACCAUUUGCAAUAGUAGACAACCCAAGGUAUUGCACAUGGGGUAUGUCCAGUGUUUUUUAGUAGCCACUUAGUCACAAACACUGGCCAAAGUUAGCAUUAAUAUUUUUUUGUGUGGAAAAUGCAAAAAACUUUUGAACGCCAAUUUUGGCCAGUGUUUCAGACUGAGUGGCUACUAAAAAUGACUGGACAUACCCUAUUUGCAAUACCUUGGGUUGUAUACUAUUGCAAAUGGUAUGCCAUCAUUUGGGUAAUUCUCAUUCCUGGGCUACCAUAUGGUCUCAAAGGCAACAUAACCAAUCUGGCGAAUUUCAAUGUGAAAAAAAUGAAACCCAAGCCUUAUAUUUGGCUCUGUAACUUUUGAAAAUACCAUAAACCCUGUACAUGAGGGGUACUGAUAUACUCAGGAGACUUCGCUGAACACAAAUAUUAGUGUUUCAAAACAGUAAAAAGUAUCACAACAAUAAUAUCAUCAGUGUAAGUGCUGUUUUUUGUGCAAAAAAUGCAAAAUACACUGAUAUCAUCAUUGUAGUACAUUUUACUGUUUGGAAACACUAAUAUUUGUGAUCAGCGUAGUCUCCUGAGUAAAACAGUACCCUCCAUGUACAGGUUUUAUGGUGUCUUGAAAAGUUACAGGGUUAAAUAUAGUGCUAGCAAAUUAAAUUCUCUGGAUUUUAAGCCUGGAUUAUCAUAUCUGAUACAGUACUCCAAUGUUGUCAAAAGUGUUUGAUUUUUUUUUUUGUUCUAAUUUUUGUUUUCUACUUGCUUGCUUUUUGCUAAAAAAUUACAGGUUUAAUCCUCUUACUAGAUUUAUUUUUUAUCUCUUUCACAUAAAUCAGCUCUUAAAAAAUAACCAUGUCUUACUGCAAAUCAUUUUUAAAGAGUAACUCCACUCAUCCUACCUCUUAUCAAUGGGAGGCAUGCCAGUGGGCACCAGGUUGCCAAUUGGCACCCACCAAAAGGAGUAGGUUAGUGACACGAUUUGUGUCAAUGGCGCCACCGAAAGGGAUAGAUUCACCCAGGACAGAUCCAUGCAGAGAGCGCUGUUACCGUGCACUCUGCAUGUUGCUAGUGCCCUUAGUGUUGUGCGAGCACUUCUACUAAAAGCUGGGCACUAGGGAAGAAACAGUUAAGAGGCUUAAUCCUAUGUGACGACAAGUUAUGAUGCUGCUGGAGGAGAUAACUACAUUACUCAUAAAACCUAGCUGGACAACUAUUGAUAGAUCAAGAUCACACUUCAUAGACCAGAAUGAGAGAUUCCUGAUUGGUGGAUUAUCUUUCUGGUGAAGGAGUCUCCUAAAACUGCAUACAAUUUAUCCAAGAUGGGCAGUGUCAGGAUUUUAGAAAACGAAAUAUUUGUAAUUUAUGUUUUUUGAAAAAAAAAUUGGUAUAAUUUUAUAUUUUUCUGAAUAACGUAUUUUAAAAAUAGGGAGUGAUUUUUACUCUAUUGUUUUCCUUUUAGCUAUCUUUCUUCAUCCAUUCAAAGUAUAAAACCAUCUAUUAAACCUGAGCCAUGCUGAUAUCUUCCUAGUUAUUAAUUCAUAUUAUUUAAAUGUUUUCUGUGAGAUUAGAUAGGAAUGGCAAAGGUUUGCCAAGUCCAGAAUUUUCUCUAGUCCCUGUGGAAAAUACAUAGGAAUUUAGUGUGGUUUCUUCCACACCCCCCAAAUAUUUUGGUAUUCUGUUUACAAGUGUUAGGUUAUCAGCUUAGCUUAAUCACACAUUUUUCAAGCCUAUUCGCUGGAUUAAUAUGGUAUUUGGUCUGUAAUGAUCUUUGAAACAGUUUAUCCUUAACCCAUUAAGGACCAAACUUCUGGAAUAAAAGGGAAUCAUGACAUGUCACACAUGUCAUGUGUCCUUAAGGGGUUAAAGGAACAAUACAAACAAGUAUUCCUGGCACUAUAGUUGUAAAAACAUAGUUUAGGUCCCCACCCCCUUGCCCUCCUCCGUGGGUGAGAUCAUCAUAUUUGACACUCUCAGUCCCAUAGGAAAGCAUUGGGAGGCUCAAUCCCAUAGGAAAGCAUUAGAAGGCUACUACGCAUGCACAGCAAAACACUGCACUGCGCCAAUUGGCAUCUCCUCAGAGAGAUACAUUGAAUCAAUGCAUCACCAUAGGGAGCGUUCAGCGUUUCCAUGCAGAUCGUAAAGGCACUGAACGUCAGUUCUGCACACAGUGCAGCCCUGAGUCAGGAAGCACCUCCAGUGGUCGUCUGAGUGACUGCCACUAGAGCAGGGUUGGACAAAUCCCAGGCACCAGGUUGCCAUGGUGACUAGGAAUUUUCUCCUGGAGCCUGGGAUUUGUCAGCCCGUUCAGCGGAGGUGGUUGCUGAGGAUGAAUGCGGGCAGCCCCAUGAUGGAGCAUGGAAGUGGCCCACUGAAGUUGAAUGCGGGUGGCGAGGGAGCUGCAGUGAUGCCAAGAUAUGAUGUCCCCCCCGGCAUCACUAAACAGCACUCUAGGGAGCAGAGCAAGAAGAGCUAACCCCUCCCCCCAAAUUAUUAUUUUAAAUAAAACAAUAAUUUGUGAGUUUGUUAGAAAAUAUGUGUGUCAGAAUCUGUGUUUUUUUUCUGAGAGUGUCUGUCAAGAAGUGUGUGUGUAUUUGUCUGAGUGUGUCUUUCAGUGAGUAUGCAUGUGUCAUGUCAGCAAGUGUGUGUUUGUCAACAAACACCAACCCACUCACCGACUGACAGACACACAGUUAAUGUCUGUUUAGGUGACAUCCGAUCGCAUGGGAAAGGUAUUUUACUCAUCUUUUUUUAAAUGUCGUGCCGGUCUCGCUGUGAUUGUCCUAGUAUGUAGGAAAGCAGUGGGAGGCUAUUGCACCAAUCAGCAUCGCCUCUGAGAGAUGCAUUUAAUCAAUACAUCUCUAUGGUAUACAUUCAGUGCCUCCAUGCAGAUUGUGCAGACACUGAACGUAGGUACUGCACACUGUGCAGCACUGGACUCGGAAAUACCUCUAGUGGCUGUCUGCGUGACUGUCACUAGAGGUGUUACUAGGCAGCAAUGUAAAUACUGCCUUUUGUCUGAAAACGCAGUGUUUACAUAUUCAGCCUGCAGGGACAGGAUAUAGACAUCAGAACCACUACAUUAAGCUAUUGUGGUUCUGGUGACUGUAGUGUCCCUUUAACUUUCAUAUAUCCAUAAUGUUGAUUACUACAGAACACACAUUCUUAAAGGAAUUCUAUCAAUUGUAUCCAAUAUACAGCGUACAAUACAAAAUGUCUUAAAACAAAGCAAUAACAUGAUUGCUUAUCCCAGAAUCCUACAAAAUGUUCACUUCAGUGUUCUUACUGCUCUUUUUAGUCAUAGUUGGCAUAUCUAUUACUUCUGAAGUAUCUUUUGCAAUAACUAGUGAGACUAAGGUCAAUACUACUCCUUUCCUGUAAUUUGUAUUUGUUUGUGGCACAAUCUUGUUUAGAAACAAAGUACAAUAUUAAUUUUAGCAUGAGUUCACUUCCUCUCGUUGACUAAUGUUUUCCAUUAUCAUAAAGGAAAUCUGUAAUCCAUAAACUUGAUUAGCCCGUUUCACAGAGCUUUUUCUGUUUGUAGAUGUGGGGGGGUGUUUAUGUAUUUUUGAUUAUUUGUGUAAUUGCUGUGAAUAAAGAUUUAGGAACUCACAUCUUUUAAUGAUGCCCUAAUAAUGUUUUUUGCCAUGUCUGUCAUGUUUACAUUGCAGUACUAUGCCAGUCUCUAGUGGCUAUCCACCAGAUAGCCCCUAGAGGUGCUUCCUGCUUGCUAGGCGACUGUGGUUGCCAAACUGAUGCUGGACGUCCUCACGCUCUGCAUGAAGACGCCCAGCGUCACUAAAAUCCAAAUAGGAAAGGAUUGAUUCAAUGCUUUCCUAUGGGAAGCGCCUAAUGCGCUCUCCACGCAUGCACAUUAGGAUCCCCUGUCUGAUGUUGGAGACACAUCAGCGCAGGGAUCAAGUGAGUAAAUGUUUUUUAACCCUUUAUUGGCUGUGGGGCAUACGGGUGGGGGAUUUGUAUAGUGUUAGGUUUGUAUUCCUAACAGUAUAGUAUCCCUCUAAACUAAAGAUGUUCUGGUGACUACACUGUCCCUUUUAAUCUUGAAAACAGUAAUUUAUUUGAAGAUCUUAAUCACAGCCAGAUCUACGUACUCCUCUUCCAUGUACAUAUACAUAAACACAUUCACACAUUUCACUAAAGGUGUGAAGAAAAAAAAGAAAAAUACAGUUUUUAGUUUUGGGUAAAAGGAAGUUCACAUUUGCUGUAUGAGAAAUGGCAAGUUUCUAUUUGUGUUGUAUAUUCGGACAGCAUAUUCUUGUCAUAAAAAUUCUACCAAUAUUUUGUAAUUGUGCCCUCAAUGGACUUUUAAUAUGUUGUGAUAUGAUGAAUAGCAUUUAUGUAUAAUUGUAAGAAAACAUUGGUAUAUAAAUAUAUGAAAUAAAAAUUAAAUAAGUUAAGUAGGGUAUCACCCACAAUCAAACAAAAUAAAAUCUAUACAUUCACGGCACUGGGUAAGUGUAAACAUUGAUUCAUUUCGAUUAAACACCAGAACUUUCAGAAGCUGUUCAAACACAUGGCCAGCUAGCAUGGCAGUCGGGCCCUUACCUGCCCCACCCCCUAAAUAUUUGAGCCGUAAGUAGUCCUAUUCUCCUGAAUAAAAUAAGUACAGUGGAAUAAUUUAGACUGUGCACUCCUACACCCAUACUCUUUUCAGUUAAAUUUUGCUGUCCUGACAAUAGUGUUUAUAGUCAUCAGAACAACUACAGCUUAUUGUAUUUAUUCCUGUGAGUAGAAUCAUUACCUUCAGACUUUUUGCACUAAACACUGUCUUUAUAGAGAAAAUGCAGUGUUUACAUUACAGCCUAGGGAUACCUCCACUGGCCACUGCUUCCCGGAGCAGUGCUGCACAGUGAAGAGCACUGCCAUUCAGUGUCUCCUCCCUCUGCAUGGAGACACUGAACAAUCCUCAUAGAGAUGCAUCGAUUCAAUGCAUCUCUAUGAGGAGAUGCUGAUCUGCCUCCUUGACAGUCUCAGCCACUCCUAUGGGAAAGGGUUGUGAUUGGCUCAGAACACCACUUCUGAUUAUGUCAGCCAAGCAGGCAGAUCAGCGGCAGAGCCAGCAGGAGCAGGCUGGAGUAAAGGUAAGAUUUUGCUAUAUGUAAGGAGGGUAACAGGUGGCUAUAUGUAAGGAGGGUAACAGUAGAAACACCCCCUGGAUUUCAAGCAGACAACAGGUCCUCUUACUUCCUGUUUUAGUUAGGUCAGUAGAGGCAGCAAUUGCCCAGAGCACCAACUUGCAAAGACUUCCAAUUGAGCUACAUUAUGAAGUCUUUGACUGGACAGCCACAGAAAGUGUGGGUGGGGUUAGAAGGGGAGGGCUUGCAAAGGCUUUAGAGUUUUGACAAAAGAUCAGCAGUUUUUGCAAGCUGUUUUUAUUUAUACACCCAAUAAAAAUAUGCAUAAUUAAAAAUAUGGGGUAUAUUUACUAAACCUUUAUUUUUAUUUAUUUUGUAUUUUGUGGAGUGUCCCUUUAAGUUUCUCUGGCGUUAGUAGUAGUGUAGAAGAGCACUCAGCAGACCCCAGGUAAACAAUUCAAUCCAUUCAAACUGACUUCUAACAAUUGCUGUCGUGGUUAUAAGAUUUAAAGUGUUCUUUAACUCCUUAAGGACAGAGCCAAUUGUCCACAUUCUGAACCAAAACAAAACCUUGAAUUUGAGCUUUGUCUGAUCCACCCUAAUUUAAAGUUUAUUUUCAAGUUCUGCCAUACAUAUUCUAUAUAAUUCUUUUAAUUGACAGAAAGGACAUAGCAGAGAUGACAUCCAGCGACACAAAUAGCUCAUUGCGUCAGUCUGGGACCACUAAAAUGGCCCCAGCUGACUUACAGGGGUCCCAGGUAUCCACUGAUACCUGGGGUUAGCGGUGGGCACAGAGAUGUAACCCUGCUCACACAACAAUCAUUUUAAGAGGCAUUUGGAUGCGAGUGCUGCAAAUAGCUGAUCUAAAAGUCUGGGGUUACAAACACUAGUCAGAGCAGACAGAGUGGAGCCCCAGGUAUACAUUGGUACUUGGGACUCCUUUGUUUGAGCAGGGAUUUAAGCUUGCUCACAUCAAAUCUGCAGGAUGUGUCAUUAUGUUCUAAAAAGCAUUAUUAUUAUUAUUGCCAUUUAUAUAGUGCCAGCAGAUCCUGUAGUGCUUAACAAUAUAAUGAGUGGGGGGAUUUAACUAUAAAUAGGACAAGUACAAGAAAACUUACAGGAACGAUAGGUUGAACAGGACCCUGCUCAAAUGAGCUUACAGUCUAUAGGAAGUGGGGUAUAAAACACACUAGGACAGGAAAUCGCAAUGAAAUAAGGUGGGAGUGAAGCAGAGCUGGAAGAGAGAGUAGAGUGUUGCCCUUUAGGAGAGAGCAAGAGACAGGUAUGUGAGGUAGAGGUUACUCUGGGAGGCCAUAAGCUUUUCUAAAGAGAUGGGUUUUAAGGCACUUCUUAAACAAUUGAAGACUAGGGGAUAGUCUGAUGGCAGUAGACAAGCUAUUCCACAGUAAGGGAGCCGCUCGCAAAAAGUCCUACAAGCGUGAGUUGACUGUACGCGUGCGAGCAGCGGACAGAAGAAGGUCACGGGCAGAGCGGAGAGACCAAGAAGGGGUAUACCUAUGGAUCUGUGAAGAGAUAUAAAAGGGGCUAGAAUUGUUCAGUGUUUUAUAGGUAUGGGUUAGCACUUUAAAUUGACUCCUAUAGGAUACAGGAAGCCAAUGUAAGGACUGACAGAGGUGUGAUGUGUGAGAGGACCGACUAGAGAGUAAAAUCAGUCUGGCAGCAGCAUUCAUUACAGACUGUAGCGGGGCAAUACGGCUUUUGGGAAGACCAGUUAGGAGAGGUUUACAAUAAUCCAUGCGGGAAAUUACUAGAGCAUGGACAAGCUCCUUGUUAGCAUCUUGCGUAAGAAAGGGGCGGAUGCCGGCUAUGUUUUUAAGAUGGACUCUACAGGAUUUGGCAACAUACUAAAUGUGAGGCUCAAAAGUGAGGCCAGAAUUAAGUAUGACGCCAAGACAGCAUGCUUGCAAGGAUGGACUUAUGUGGAAACCACUAACUUAACGGGAGAGCGAAAAAGGAGGAUCAGUAUUAGGAGGAGGAAAGACAAGGAGCUCAGUUUUAGAGAUUGAGUUUCAGAAAGUGGGAGGACAUCCAGUCAAAGAUGGAAGAAAGGCAAGCAGUGACACGUUGCAGGACGGCAGGGGAGAGGUUCCGCGGAGGAGAUAUAUAUCUGGGUGUCAUCAGCGUACAGGUGGUAGUGGAAUCCAAAUGAGGUAAUAAAUUUACCAAGAGAGGCAGUAUAAAGAGAAAAUAGAAGGGGACCAAUGACAGAGCCUUGGGGGACUCCCAACCGAGACAGGACGAGGGGAGGAGGUAUCCUUGGAAAAGGAGACACUGAAUGAGCGUUGGGAGAGAUGGGAGGAAAACCACGAGAGGACAGUCAUAGAGAACGAGCGAUUGAACAGUUUGAAGGAGAGCAUGAUGAACGGUGUCAAAGGCAGCAGAGAGGUGAAGAAGAAUUCGUAUAGAGUAGUGGCCUUUGGAUUUAGCUGCAUUAAAGCCCAUUAUAGUUAGACUGUAAUAACAUGUCUUAACUUCGUUAAGCGGUUAAAUGUGGCAUUGUGUAUAUAUAUUUUAUUGCUUUUCUUUGUUGUCGCUUGGAAGAAAAAUUCUGAAAUCAUAAUGUGUUCUGGAUAUAGCCAAGCAUUUAUUCAUAAUAUUUCAUUCAUCUAUGUCAACAAGGAGUCAGUCCGAUAGGCAAUGUGAGUUCGAACAUGACAUAAUUAACUGGUGAUCACUAGGGACCCAGAAGUAGCAAUAAGUUAUUUUUAUCCCUAUGUUUUAUGUUGUAAGAUUGUUUACUUAUAGCUGUUAUUCUGUUGCUAUAAGGAGUGGUUUGUUUUUUUUAAAAUACAUUUCAGCUAUGUCGUGUAGUGCAUUUUCCAUUAUUCUGUUUUUCUACACAAAUAGUUAAGUGACAUUUAAUAAUGCACAGUUAUAGGUGCUGAUGUUACACCCUGCAAUUAAUAAAGUGACAAAUUGACGUAUGUAAUGUGGAGAGAAUUGGAUAGAGACAAAAGGUAGAGAGAGUGUGUCAGGUUGCCAUAAAUAACUGGGGGGUAACCCCUAUAUGAAACAGUAAAAAUUUAAUGUGGAGAGCUUUCUCUUCGUGUUAAUCAUCAAUUUGUGAAUUUUAGCAACAGUGUAGAAAGAAGAGCACUGAAUAGCACUGGGCUGCUUUAGAAUUACAUUAAAUUAUACCCACAUUAUAGUCUCUUUAGUUUGGGCAGAAUUGUGCCCAAAUGCCCUCUAUGACGAGGCUGGCAAUUUAUUUAUUUUCUUGUCACAAGCCAUUCCCAAUCUAGUCCUGAGGUAAAUAAUAAUAAUAAAAAAAAAAGUCUGUGGGCAACAGGCCACCCGCUCUCUUUAAUCACGAGUGACCGUGUGAGGGUUAAUUUUGUCUGUUCUCUCUAUUAUUCCAAUUCAAAGAUCCAUGAACGUAACCUAAUAUUGCUGACAAAAUUAAGUCUUUGUUUAAAUUAGAAUGUUGUACAUGUGUUUUGUGUGUGUGUAUCGUUUUAUAAAUUAAUCUUAAUUUUUUUUAAAAUAAUUAUUACAGCUUUUUAAAUGUAUCCUUCUUCCUCCCCAUUUACCUGUUAAAGCUGAUCUAUCGUUCAGUCUGCCUAACACAUACUGCAUAUUUUCACCCAAUUAUGGCUGCUCAGUGUUUAAAAUGCUCAUGUUUGCUCCUGAACCUAAACAUGCAAUCAUACAAUUAGAAGAUUGUUCAGCAUGUUUGUUCUGUUUGCCUGCAGCACCUGUGAUAUUGAUUUGUCUGUUUGCUUGAUGUCAUCUUUCUGAAGCAGGAAACUGUAUGAGCACGGAAACCCAGAGAGGCCGCGUAUUUUUGUUAGGUAUCUCGAGAUGACAAGUCAGAAAAAUAUUAAAAAUACAUAGUCUUUCUGGGCUUCUGUAGGAUGAGAUAAAUUCUGAUCAUUUUUUUUCUAUAGAUAAUUAUUUUAAGAUUAUUGCUAGAAUAGGUUUUCUGCUUGUUUAGUUUCACAAUUUAUUAAGAUAUGGAAUCUGUGGCAGAUAUACCACCAGGUCGGGGCCAAUCGGAUGGCCUGUGCAGUUAGGGCCACUCGAUGGCAAUGUGUUCUUAGGGGCCUGGUUAUCGCUGUGGCUUGUGUACAAAGUGUCUCAGGAAACGACAAGGACUGUGUUUACUUGGCUUGAAUAAGCAGAGGUACAGCUUUGGCUUAAAGUAGAUUUGGCUAAAUGGUAUUUACAUAAGUAUCUAUCUGAAUUUCUUUAAUUAUAACAUAAUAGUACUAGCUGUUCUGUGUUUCACCACUGUAUCAGGUGGGGGAGCAUAUCUAAGUUACACCUGUACCAUGGGGACCAGAGGUGUCCUUGAAUAAAAAGUUAAUCUACUUGUAUUUCGAUUCUGCUCAUAUUUUGAUUCUAUAGUUUUCAAACAUCUGGAUUUAGAAGUCAUUAAAAAGUGCUCUCCAUGAUAUAAUUCACUUAAUUACCAUGGGCAAAUUUAUUCUUGUUAGAGCUAAGGCAAAGUUAAGAUGCAGAAUGCUGCUAAAUUAUUUAUUUAUUGCUAAACCAUACAAAAUUGGGCAUGUGGAAAAUAUAGCUAAUUGUUUAGAGAAAUAGCUAUAUGCAUAAAAGUUGUGUUAUCGCAUGGAGUGUCCAUUUUUAAAAAUGGUUAAAAGAACACUAUAGGGUAGGAACACCUACAUAUAUUCCUGACCCUGAAGCGUUAAAAGCACCAUCUAUCCCACCCCCUUCCCUUUAGGCCCACUUGCCUUCAUAAUUAUAGUAAGAUCUUACUUGUAUUCAAGUAUGCAGCUGCUGCCUCUGCCCCUGAUCUGCCUGUGGGCUGACAUCAUUAGAAGUGAUUCUGUGAGCCAAUCACAGUGCUUUCACAUAGGAUUGUCUGAGACUGUCAAGGAGGCAAAUCAGGGGCAGACCCAGCACAAGUCAAACACAGCUCUGGCCAAUCAGCAUCUCCUCAUAAAGAUGCAUUGAAUCAAUUAAUCUCUCUGAGGAAAGUUUAGUGUCUUCAUGCAGAGGGUGGAGACACUGAAUGGCAGUACUGCACAGUGUGCAACACUGCCCUAGGAAGUACCUCUAGCAGCCAUCUGAGAAAUGGCCAGUGGAGUUAUAACUAGGAUGUAAUGUAAACACAGCUUUUUGUCACGAUUACUAUGUGAUCCAACACGCAAAACUAUAUUAACACAAACAACGUAUACCGGACCUUUGAAUGGCCGGACUUAAAGGACCACUCUAGGCACCCAGACCACUUCAGCUUAAUGAAGUGGUCUGGGUGCCAGGUCCUUCUAGGGUUAACCCAUUUUUUUAUAAACAUAGCAGUUUCAGAGAAACUGCUAUGUUUAGAAAUGGGUUAAGCCUUCCCCUAUUUCCUCUAGUGGCUGUCUCAUUGACAGCCACUAGAGGCGCUUGCGUGCUUCUCACUGUGAUUUUCACAGUGAGAGCACGCCAGCGUCCAUAGGAAAGCAUUGCAAAUGCUUUCCUCUGAGACCGGCUGAAUGCGCACGCAGCUCUUGUGCGUCGAUAUCAUGACUUCACCCGCAGGCCGGCGCCAUCUUUAAUGUGGGCAGUGAGCCCUUUAACACUGAGAACGGGACUACAGCGGCUGGCGUCCCUUUGAACGCCGCACCAGCCGGGACCCAUCUUCAUUGAGGAUUGGGCGGCACUCCGCCGCGAUCCAGGUAAGUUAUUUUUUCCCUUUUUGACAACGAUCAGGAACUUUUAUUUGAAGUAUCGGCGCGGCGGUUUCAAUCAUAGCCCCUUGUGCCAUGACACUUUUUCUCUGAAAAGACAGUGUUUACAGCAAAAAGCCUGAAGGGAAUGAUUCUACUCACCAGAACAAACGCAAUAAGCUGUAGUUGUUCUGAUGACUAUAGUGUCCCUUUAAUGAAAUAUCUACUGUCAGAAUCCAUGUAAUAUAUGUUAUGCUUUGCAAACAUUUUGUAGUGGCAGCUUCUAAUGAACUUUGCCGUUUGUGCUGUGCCCAGUUAGAUGCAAACUGUGCCCUGCACAUAAGCAGUUAACAUUUAUUGCAAAUAGAUAAAAAUCUGAACACUUAGGACAUCAGCCAAAGAUUGUGUGACCAAGGAUAAGUACCAAUAUGAACAAUCCUAUAGGCAUGUGUAUUUAAGAGGUUAAUCACAAAAAAAUAUAGUUAAAACCACCAACUGGACACCGGGGUUGUGUGGAUUAAUCUCUUCUGACAACAAGGCUAGUGGCAAGCGAAAAAUAACCCCUGAUGAUAAUACACAUAAUAAACCAGAAGUGAGGUAUAAAAAGGAACAAAUAUUAAUGAGGAAGGCAGUGAACAUACAUGGAGGCUAACUUAAAGCAACAUGUUAGCAUUAGGAAUAGAAACGUGUGUUCCUAACACUAUAGUGUUAUGUUACGUAUUGUGGUGUCCCCCUACCUUGGGAGUAUUUGAAGAUUAAUUUUUACUUACCUUGCCACGCCGGCCUCCACAAUGGUGCUCCGCCUGUUUGGUUGAGAUCAUCAUUGUAGAUGUUCUCAGCCUAUCCAAUGCUGGGAGGCUAGAGUAAAUGAACUGCAAAAGGUCUGUAUGAGAAUAUCUGAUUUAAAAUAGCCGAAUUUAACUGAAAUUAAAUGAAACCAUUGCCAUUCCUGCGGGGUUAAAACUACAGGGACAUAGCACCCAGACCAUUUCAUUGAGAGGAAGUGGCCUGGGUGCUCGCAGUGUCCUUUUAACCCCUUAAGGACCAAACUUCUGGAAUAAAAGGGAAUUAUGACAUGUCAUGUGUCCUUAAGGGGUUAAAGGCAGGUAAAUGAGACAGAAAAUGGAUCUAAAAGUAUAUCCCCCCUCCCAAGAUGUUAAUAGCCUACAAAUCACAGAAUACUUUGAAUGCAAUAGAAUGGCCAAAGAUUUUGGGGGAUUUUGGGGGAGUGGAGGUUGGGGGCAGUAUUUGAGAUGCCUGUGAUUAAAGUACUUGGGAGAUAGGGGAGGGAAUAUAACAAGUGAGGCACUGUAUUUGAGAUUAGAUAUAGAGUGUGCAAUAUCCUUUUUAUUUUUGUGGGGGAGGAGGCUUGCUCGCUGGAGAGACAGAUGGUGGUUAGAUAAUAAAGAGUUGUCUAGCAACACGGUUAUUUAUUAACAGUACAAAUGUACCGGCAGCAGCAGUUAUUACAGUUUACUUUUGAAUAGACUAGGCAUUCCACCUACCUGUACAAUUACAAAGCUCAUGUGUAAGUGAAUUGCUCCCCAAGUAUAUGGAAGCUGCGGCCAUAACUAUGCUUCCUGCCUAACAGCUUUGCUAUGGGAGCAGUCCCCGCACUGUGUGUUUAAUCACUUAAUGAAAAUAAAACCAGGAAGCAUAUUUAUGGCUGUAACUUGCUGUGUCACGGCAUAUUACCUGCACUGCACAAUACAGGGCACCUCCAGGUAUGUCUGACUUUAAACUAGUGAGGUUUUUUUUACCUUGAAGAGUAUUACUUUUUAGCCAUUUUUAAGACUAUAUAACGUGUGUGUGUGUGUGUGUGUGUGUGUGUGUGUGUAUAUAUACUUUAGAGAUUUCGAGACCAUAGGUAAAGCUAAAAUAAGGUGCAAUGGUUCAUACGCUCAUGGUGCCAGCAAGGCUUUCGAAGGGGCAUGAUGCGGAGCCCCAGGAAGUGUGAGGCCUUAGGUGGCCACCUAACUGGCCAACAUAUAGAGCUGCCUCUGUGUACCAACAUGUUGUAAGUGUCCGUUAAGGCAGAUGACAAACAAAUAUAACGGCUUCCACUUGGCACGGUUGGCAGGGAAGAUGUAAAGAAAAUGGAAGAUCAAGUGUCUAUAGAUCUAAAUUUUAAAAUACUUCUAAUGUCACCCAGGCCACUUCAUCUCAGUGAAGUGGUCUUGGUGCAGUGGUCCUGUAUGUUUAACGCUUCAAGGUAAAACAUUGAAAUUUUGCAAAAAGGGCAGUGUUUACCAUGCCGCCAAUAAAGGCACUUAUGCUGCACUGUCAAACGGGACAGUCAAACUCGGUCCCAUGACGCGACAUCUCAUAGGAAACCAUUGGAUUCAAUGCUUUCCUAUGCAAACAUUGGAUGUGGUCAUGGUCGCGCAUGUGUAGCAGGUUUCCUAAACUCAUCUAAGAGGAGCAUUGGAUUGGACUGUCGUUGGAGGAUGCCCUUCCUCUUCAAUGAUAUAAAAAAAACUAGUAAUCCCUUUCUUUUAUUCAUUUUAUUGGAGAAAUAACUGGGGUGGGAUGUAAACAACUUAGGACGGGAGCACUUUAGAAUACAGAUUUGUAUUCCUAAUGCUAUACUGUAGUGUUGUAUGCCUAUACUACAACAGUUUUUCUUUAGCAAAAGUUGUUACCAUUGUGUUAUCUAAAACAGAUACACAGUGAUCUUUGACAGAAAAUGAAUACAUCUCUAUAUAGAGGGAGAAUGGUGUGCACGUUUGUUUUUUUUCUUGCAACAUGUGCUCUUUGGCCUGGGCACAAUGUACAAAUGUUCCCUGCUUUUUAAUUUGAGUCAUAUUAAAGAUAUAUUUGUAUAAAGAUUUUUAAAAAGCUGCUAUUUGAACUUGAGAAAUAUCAGUUCCCACCUCCCUCUUCAUGAGUAAACUUUGUUUUUUUUUACUAAACUUGCAUUCGGCUAUAGUGGCCCUUUUAUUGUUGCAAAUAUAAUUAAUAAUGGAACUAUGGACACUCGACAAAGAGUCUCAAAGCCAGCAAUUUAUGUUUAAGAAUGCAGCCAGGUAUUUCUUAUAACCAACAAAAUUGUGAAAUAAAAAACUAUUUUAAGGAUGUGCAUACCUCAGGGGGGAGCCCUGAUCUGCACUGUUAUCACACUCUGUGGGACUACAACCAUCAGAGUGGAAUAAAGGCAUAACAAAAAACAAAAUGUUUAGAAGAGCACUACCCUUUGUGGGCAGUCUAUAAACCCCAUCCUCGGACUAACCGAUAUCAGAGUUAGUACUUCCACUCUGCAGGUAGAUGCUGAACACACCUUCUGCUUUAGUGUUUUGAUUUUUCCUUUUAUCACUGUGGUGGUUGUAGUACCUAAGUGUGUGUGUGGUAACAGUGCAGAUCAUGUCACUUCCCCUGAGAGUAUGCAGAUCCUUAUUUUUCUUCUUCCACAAUUUUGUUGGUAAUAAUAAAUGCCUGCAUUCUUUAAAGUAAAUCACUGGUUUUGUGUUUUUUUUUUUUUACUUUGAAUGUGCAUAAUUCCUUUACUAGAAUUACAGUGAUGGCUUGAUGCACCUUCUUUUUGUUGAAUGCCAGGGCAUUCUUUGAGUCCUUCUCUGUUUUCUCGGGGUUCAAAAUUUUAUGUAUUAAUAGCAGCAAUUUAUAGAAAUAAAACAUAGUUUGUGUUUGACGUAUGUGUUUUUAUAAAUUUGUUUGUAUAAAUAAAUUCCAUUGUCUUUUUCUUUUGUGAAUAAUAAGUCAUUCAAGACCAAAAGUCACAAAAAAAAGUCUUGGCAUAGUCUCACUCAUUGGCCACAACUCCUGUUACAUUGACUAAAAUUUGGUAAUAGUAUACCUGUAUAUGACUAUAUAUAAAAGUUGUAAAGUAUGAGAAUAACAUCUGUAAUACUCACAUUUCAAAUUCCACUGUAAAUGUGUUGUAAUAGUCCCAAUAUACUUUUAACUGAGCUUGAACAUCUGUCUUUUUAAUCCCAGAACCGGCACUAAUUGAUCUUAAAAAAGAAAAACAAUGAGCUACCCUGGCUAUCCUCCUAUGGGUGGUUUCCCCCCUGUACCCACAGGUAAGUAAGUUUAUAGAGCGAUUACUGUCAACAAAUGAUAAACUGUUUGUUCUGGGAGCUUUAAAGGUCUGUAGUUCUAUAGAAAACAUCUCACAUUAAUGGAGACUGUGUGCUUUUAGAUAAAAUAGUGCAGAUAGUCUUCUAGGACAUUUUCAUAUAAUCUACUCUGAUAACAUAUCAGGAUUGAGAGAAACAUUUACACUCUUUAUAGUACUCCACCCUCUAAUUUUCUUGAGCUGCUGAUGCCUGUAAUGACUUGACUUUACUGUAAUUCUCUGUUUGCUACAGGUAAUAACCCGUGGGGAGUGCCCGGUAAUCCUCCUCCGAUAGGGUUGGAUAUGGGAGGAUUUACUCAGCAAUGCAACACACAGCAGUAUGGGGUAGGUAUAGUCCAAAACGUUAACUACUGCGAUUCAGAUGAUGACAUGGGACCACGUGCUAUGAUUUCAAUCAUGUAACAUAUCCAAGCUGUGCUUUUAUCCUUCACUUCUGAACAUAUUGUGUUAAAAUAGAGGACUCUACUGCAAGGGCAGCACUGAGGCACAAAUGUCCCAAAGCUGUCUGAGAGUAGUGGGCAUUAGAGUCCUUGCUGGCAACUAUUUCAGCUGCCAUCAUCAUUAAAAUAGCCACAUCAAAAGUGUCAGUCCCUACAAUUGGGCAAAUACACAGAAAUAAGUCCUGUGCCCAGGCUCCCACAACUCCUGGGCGACCGCAACGACCUGGGCAAACUAGAACUUAUGUACACUUUAAUUGUGCCUGAGAUUAAUGCCUUCAAGUCAAACUGUAAGGAGAUGAUCUCUUAUUAACCUGUUCAUUAUGGAGAAUAAUUUCAUGGAUCACCAUCAGUGCAGUCUAAAUCUCACAAAAUCUCUGCAUGCUCAUCCGGCCAAAAUUAGUGGGAAUUUUAAUGAUGGCAACUGAAAUCGUCCCAGCACUACAUUUCCGGUAAAAUUCUACACUUAACGACUACACAACCUUAAUACAGUACACGUUGACUCCUGCAACCGCUAUUACAUGUUAACAUAUAUACAUACAUACACACACACACGUAAAACACAUUAACCCGUAUUAUAUAUGGAGUUUAAAAAAAAAAAUAAUAAUUCUAAUUUAUGAUUUCACUAUAUCAUGAUUUACCUUUUAAGAAGGCAUACACAAGGCGUUUUGUUCUAAUUGGAAUAUUUUCCACAUGUAAAAUUAUUUUCUGUUGGUGAGGGUGAUUAUUCUCUAUUCUCUUUCUCUAAUUUAUCCUUACAGGCAAUAGGGAAUCCACACACAAGUCCUGCCUGUCCUAUUAUUUAACCAUAACAAAUUAUGUUAAACACAUUUAAAAACUAUCAAAAUGUUUGAGGAGUGCAGCUUACAUGUAAUCCUACUAAAUUGGCAAUGCACUGCUACAAAACUAGUAAAGACCACGUAGGUGCCAUGAUGAAUGAAGGCAGUGUUUCUUUCUUGAAAAAGAUCCGCUAUUUGUUUGUUUCCAAUGAGAAAGACAGCGUUCUUAACACACAAACAAAAAGCCUAUGCUGAGGCCAAUUUUAAUAUUUCUUUUACUUUUGAGUUAUUUGUGUCAUUGUAGACAGAAAAAUACGGGGAAUAUCAUCACAGAUUGACUCCAUGCUCAUUCCAUCUAUAAAACAGGAACCCUUUUUAUUAUUGCUAACUUUUUCAACUCCUGCAAGAGACUCUUAGCAGAUGUUUGGCUAUUUAUUGAGAGUUAAGGUAAUUUUUGGAAACUUGAGUAACCAUAAUUCUCUGUAUUACAGCUUGGACCAAAUUUUCCACCAGCUGGUUUCGGAGGCAUGAAUCCACAGCAAAGUAUGUACCCACAAGGUGGUAGUGGAGGGUACCCAUCUGCUCCAGGAGGUGUUAGUGGAGGAUAUCCAUCUGCUCCAGGAGGUGGUAGUGGAGGGUAUCCAUCUGCUCCAGGUGGUGGUAGUGGAGGGUAUCCAUCUGCUCCAGGUGGUGGUAGUGGAGGGUAUCCAUCUGCUCCAGGUGGGUAUGGAGCUCCACAACAGCCUGGAAUGCCUCAAGGUCCUUAUGGAAUGUACCCUAGUCCUGGAGACCAACAAUCAGGGAUGCCAGGAUAUAACCCUGGAUAUCCAGGAGUACCACUACCUGGUCAACCAAUGCCUACUCCUGGCCAGCCACCCAUGCCAGCACCUGGCCAGCCACCCAUGCCAAUGCCAGGACAGCCACCAAUGAACUAUCCAGGACAGGCACCUGUGCCAAACUACCCUUCAGGUCCAGUAACGAAUCCCUCUAUGCCAUCAUACCCAACACCUGGGGCGCCAUCACCAGGAAUGCCAACUGCUCCUUCAUUUGUGGUACGCAGUGUUAUUUUAUACCGAAUUUAAACUUGUGCUGUCAUCAUUUCAUUGCAGAGUGCUUAUCAAGGAUUCUCUAAUACAAAGUACUCUUUUUUUAGAUUGGUAAGCGGGGCACAAUCACAGAUGCGCCAAAUUUUGAUCCUCUCAGGGAUGCAGAAGUACUCAGAAAAGCAAUGAAAGGGUUUGGUAAGAACAUCAUACCAUCAUGAUUUUAUAUAAUAUGACCAGCAUUUCUUUACCUGUUUAUCAACCCAUUUGUUUUCACUUGGGUCAUGUUCAUUUACAAUGCUGAGGAAUUUCCUGAACUAUAUUUGCAGUAAGUAUUUAACAACCAGUUGUAUAAUUUGUGGAGUCACAGUUUCCUAAUCCAGGGACAGAUCUGACUAUCAUUCUGGGGUUAAGAAUACAUUUUUUUCUAGUUUGUUGCAAAAAUGGAAAGCUCUUCAAACUUGAUUUGUUUUAGCCUUCGUUUGAAUCAACAGUAAAACCAGAUGUGAGAAAGGCCGAACCUGAUGGAUGUAUGUCUCUUUUCAGCUAUGUAACCGUGUAUGUAAGCUUAAAAUAAGGUCAUUUUAAAAGCCUUUUUACUUUUCCCAUUUAGUUAAACAAAAUAUGAUGCAGUUUUUUUGUUUUGUCUCUCUUAGUUUAAAGGACCACUCUAGGCACCCAGACCACUUCAGCUUAAUGAAGUGGUCUGGGUGCCAGGUCCCUCUAGGAUUAACCCCUUUUUUUUUUAUAAACAUAGCAGUUUCAGAGAAACUGCUAUGUUUAUAAAUGGGUUAAUCCAGCCUCUAAAUCCUCUAGUGGCUGUCUCAUUGACAGCCGCUAGAGGCAUUUGCGUGCUUCUCACUGUGAAAAUCACAGUGAGAAGACGCCAGCGUCCAUAGGAAAGCAUUGUAAAUGCUUUCCUAUGAGACUGGCUGAAUGCGCGCGCAGCUCCUGUGGGGUGGGGGGCACCCUCAGGGCACUAUAGUGCCAGGAAAACGAGUAUGUUUUCCUGGCACUAUAGUGGUCCUUUAAGAUUUGAAAAUCUUUGUUUAGUUAAGUGGAUGUUGUGUUCUUGAACAUUUGUUUAAUAUUCUUGCCAGGCUUGAGUAGCCCUGGCAAAGUCAGUGGAAAUAUUAUAAACAAUGAUAAUAUAAAUCCAUUUACAACAGGAACGGAUGAACAAGCCAUUAUUGAAUGUCUGGGGAGCCGAUCCAGCAAGCAGAGGCAGCAAAUCAGCUUGUCUUUCAAAACGGCCUAUGGAAAGGUGAGUCUGCACACAGGUGUAUAUAUGAAUACACUACAGGUUAAAAAUUUAAUUUGCUAACGCUAUGCAAGAUGUCAGUGAUGACAGGAUGUGAGAUGGCAAGGAAGACAUAUUUUGAAAGAGAUUAUUGUUUUAUUUAUUUAUUACUGGUAUUUAUAAAGCGCCAAUAUAUUCCGUAGCGCUGUACAAUAACAGUGAGGUAAAAAAGUAUUUGAUCCCCUGCUGAUUUUGAAAAUUUGUCCACUGACAAAGAAAUGAUCAGAGUAUAAUUUUAGUGAUAGGUGUAAUUUAACAGUGAGAGAAAGAAUAACAACAAAACUAAAUCCAGAUAAACGCAUGUCAAACAAGUUAUAGGGGAGAGCAUACAUACACAGAUAAAUAUAAAAGGUAGAGAGGGCCCUGCCCAUAAGCUGAGAUCUUGCACUGUUGUGCAAGGCAUAUCUAUGUCUCUCCCUUCUUAAUUAGUUUUUCUUUUAGGUAAUCAAUUACAGAAACAGAAUUAGUGUGCAAGCUAAUAGAUGGAAGUGUGUAUGUCUCCAAUGGAAGCAGAGAUUUUAGCAAGUGAAAUGGUACCGAAAAUCUUGCUGGCUUGAAAUAAUUGUAAAUCAAUAAUAAUUAAGUGGGAGGAAUCUUCGCUCAAUGUAUGACAUGUCAGGGAUUAAAUCUAUAAUGGAGAUCCUGUGUGUUCUCUUUUACCCACGUGGGACUUGCCUAAUAAUUCCUUCAUGUGCAGCAGUUAAGGGUUUAAAUAACAGAUUGGCGGUCUGUAUUAAUCAGAAGGGAGCAACUUUCAGUGGUGGGACUCUUCGAAGAAAGUUGCAUUACCUUCUUAAUUUUCUAUUCACUGUUCUGUUCCAAGUAUAGUCAACAUUUUCACAUAUUCUUAAAAGUAAGUAUGUUUGCAAUACCUGUUCUCUGCUUUUUUUUUCACGUUCCUUUUGUUAACAGGACUUGAUCAAAGACCUGAAGUCUGAGCUGUCUGGAAACUUUGAGAAGACGAUUCUUGCAAUGAUGAAAGCUCCAUCUUUGUAUGAUGCACAAGAAAUCCAUGAUGCCAUUAAGGCUAGUAUAAAAUGAUUGUGAAGAUGCUUUGUGCAUGUCUGAAAUGCAACAACUGGUACACAAGUGACUUACACGCAUACUGUUUUGAAACAGGGUGCAGGCACAGAUGAGGAAUGUCUCAUUGAGAUCCUGGCUUCACGGCCCAAUUUAGAAAUCCAAGAAAUUAACAGGAUAUACAAAACAGGUCAGUCUUCAAAAACUCUAAUUUAUAUUAUUUACCAUGUAUCGUUCUAAGAUUUUCUAAAAUGCAGUGCCAUCUAACUCUGAUUGGGCCACAUUAGAUAAAAUGCCGGAAUACCUCUUGUUUCUGUGUUGUAAUGACAGAUUUAAACCUGUCAUGGUAACCACAACUUGAUUUUAAAUCACUUAAGGGGAAACAUAUUUUACUUACGUUAUUUAUUUCCGUUACCAUUCAAGGUUUAUAUAGGCAUGGUAAUUACAAUGCUUGAAAAAAUAAGAAAAGUGCAAAAAUAAACGGAUAGUAUCCAGCAGUAUGCCUUGUAUACUAUAGAAAGUAAAAAUUGUGACAUGUUAUUGUAACAGGAAGCAACUUUUAUCUUCUGGGGGUUUUUUUUUGUCUUAUCUGUGGUUCACUCUGGCUAUAUUUUUUUAUUUUUUAUUUCUGCCCUCUUUAUUAUGUAAGUUUAGCUGUGUAUUAUAUAUAUAUAUAUAUAUAUAUAUUAUUUUUUUUCUUGUAUCCUAGAAAGUGUUUUUGCAUACUGGAAAUAAUGUAUACCUUGUGCUAUAAGAAUUGCUAGGUUUUUCAAUAAAUAAAAAUAAACUUGUGCCUCUCAUGCAGAAUUCAAGAAGACCCUCGAACAGGCAAUCAAGAGUGACACCUCUGGCCACUUCCAGCGGUUGCUAAUUUCUCUAUCUCAGGUAAAUUCCUUUUUGUGUCAUAUCUCAAGUCUUCCUGCUCACCCCUGCUUAGGCAUGGAACUGUCAAGACUGGACUGUAUUGGGGGCCUUUGUUUGUGCUUGUUGUAUAUUUAUGCACUCAUGUUCAGACUUGGUUUUCCUAUGACCAAUACACAUACAAUAGCUGUAAACAUCACCCAAACUACUAGCUGAGGAUACAGAAACAUGGGCCCUUUAGACAGGCUACAAAUGCACAAAAAGAAAGGAUUGAUCAGCAGUGCUCCAAAUUGUAGGCUUAUCAUAAUUUUAAGGGUUUAAACUGGAACCAAUUGGAUUAUAACCAUGCAGGCCACCGGAUGGGGUACAUACACAGAUACACACACAUACUGAUUGUGGCGAAAGCCACUUCGCCACUAGAUGGGAUCUUGCCGUCUUCCUCCCACCCUGGACCAACCUCUGAUAUCCAGGUCCCUGUGGGAAAAACCUCUCCUACUCCAGAGAGCGUAGCAGGAACAGCUCUUAGAAGAGCUAGUGAUUAGAACCCAGGGGAGUAUAAGGAGUAUAGCAAUCCCCAGUGUGAGUAUAGCAUUCCCUCCAAUCACGAGACAAGGCUACGUGUUGAGGGUUAAGCAGGAACUCAAUUUUAAUGGAGGCACACUGGCCUUUUAUGCAAGUUUCCCAACAAGGGUGACACCCAGGUGGAUCUUAUUGUGCACAGGGACACAAAGGGAAUAAACCAAUCAGAACAGUAAUUAUCUGUACAACACUCCCAUAACACACAUACAAUCCCUCCCCUCUGCCUGUGAGAUAAUUGAAUGAAGUACUGUAUGUAACUCUAUCUCCAGGCAGAAAAACACACUUUUUUUUUUAAUAAAGUCCCAUAUGUACCCCAAAACACAACAUAUCCCCAUUUCCCUCAUGUCUGUUCAUGGAGAGAGUCUGUGAUGUCAGAAGUAGCCACAUUAAAAAUCCUGUAGCAAAAUGUAUCUGUUUAAAUUUAACAUUGGACAUCAACUUUCAUAACUUCAAUCUCAAGGUUAAAAACCGGGAUGAGAGGCAUUCAGGAAAUGCUGUUUUAUACAAUUCAAAUUCCUCCUGAAUGAUAUAGUGACAGAUCUCUGCACAGCUAACUGGGCACAGAUGUUUCUGGAAAAAGUUCAUAAUUAGCCAUUUUCUACAGCUAAACACAUCUGGAUCAAAUUAAAUAUAAUCUUUUAUGCAAAUCUUAAUAUUGCAUAACUGUUGUUAUACAGAGAAUAAGGUUACAUCUAUCAUUUUGCAUUGCCAUAUUCAAUGUGUUUGUAACCUUUGCUUCUACCAUCACCAAUAGCCAUCAAGUUUGUCGUGCUUUUUUUCCAGGAGUUUCAGGACCUCUGCCAUGUCAUCCAUUUAUCCAUCUGUUCCGUCAGCCUCUUACUUGCAUAUCACCCAUGCUUUGCUCCAUGUCCCUAGACUGCUAUGUCCCUUGACUGCCACUGCGCUUUACUAAAUUGAAGUGGGCAGCCGUACUCUAUGAUUCUUUAAAAAAAUAAAAAUUACAAUUGUUUGGAUAGUUUGUAAGUUUAAAUCAAUUAAUGUGGGAAAAAAAAGUGUUGAAUACAAUAUUAUUCAUUUCUGUUUCACCACAGAAGAAACCGAAAUUGUGUUAAUACCCCAUAGGCUUCUUUAAAUAUGAAUGAGGCCAUAUGUUUUGUUUUGUAUUUUUUCUUCUAUAUUGUAAUUCAUGUCUAUUAUUCUUAAAGGGGAACAGAGAUGAAAGUACCAAUGUGGAUAUGACUCUUGUUCAGCGUGAUGUACAGGUGAGAAGGAUAAUUGGAUAAUGUUAAGGUGACAGUGACAUGAUGCUGCAGUUGAAAAAGAACAGUCACAAACAAAAAAAAACACAUUAAAAAGCUAAAAGCUAUCCACAUAGAGGGCUAUCAGUUUCCCCAUUUCUGAAAAAAAGACAUCUUGGGUACCGGUGCUUUAAAAAAGAAAAAAAAACAGAGGGAAUAAACAACUGAAAUAAAUGAUAAUUAAGAAAGAGCUGGAAUAAAGGCCAAAGGAGGGGGGAGAGCAGGCAGAAGUGCCACUCUUCCCAAGAGAACUAGAAUAAUAGACGGGGGAGAGAGAAGUAAAAUAAAAAUGAGAGAAAUGCAAUGAUGAGUAAAGGGCAAAGGUUUAAAAAUAUCAGGAAGUAGUACUUUACUGAGAGGGUAGUGGAUGCAUGGGAUAGCCUUACAUUUGAUGUGAUAGAGGUUAACACAGUGAGGGAGUUUAAGCAUGCAUGGGAUAGGCACAAUGCUAUCCUAGACUUAAAGCGGCACUGUCAUGCUGAACUUACCUUUCCCCAAUCGCCUCCUCUUCUCUCCCUAUCUCAGGAUUUGUUCAUUUCUUCCCAUCUGAUCUAGUUUUCUUUAAAACAUAAGACAAAGUAGGGACUCUUUUGUCUUAUGUAUUUUUCCUACUCUUGCCCAGUUGUGCUGAUGAGAUAUCUCAGUAGGCUAACGCAUCAUCAGUAGAAUCUGUUCAACCCUUGGGUUGCAGGUUUAAAUACCGGCAGGGUUGACUCAGCCCUUUAUCCUUCCCAGGUAGAUAAAAUGAGUACCAUUAACUUAAUGGUAAUAGUAACAACCCCUGGAUGUUGGGCUAAGGUAACAUCUCCAGGACGUACUUGAAAACCAGAGUAAUCUGAAUGCACCUUUCCUAGUUAAAUACUUUGUUGUUAUUAUUAUCCCAGGGGAGGAGCAAAGUCCGCUCCAUUUCCUGUGGUCAAAGCAAUUUUUCCACAAUUCUGACUGAUGAACCUGCCAGUCAUGGGUGGGGCUGGGGAGGUGGGGGAGGGCAAUUGGUUCUUCCUCCCUCCUUAUAUUUUCACAAGGGCCCCCACCUGCUGCUUAUUUGUGUGGGCCGGGGGGUGGGGGUGGGGGUGGGGGAGGGCAGACAAUAGGUCCUCUUCCCUUAUUUUACUAGGGCCCCCACCCGUCACUCAUGGGUGGGAGCCAGGGGGGGGGACAAUAGGUCCUCCCCUCCUCUUAUUUUCACAAGGUCCCCCACCCGCCGCUCAUUGGUGUGGGCUGGGGGGGGACAGACAAUAGGUUCUCUCCCCCUAUUUUUACUAGGGCCCCCACCCGCCGCUCAUGGGUUGUGGCAGGGGGAGGCAGCCGGCCCCCUUCCCCCCAUUGUAUCUAAGGGGGGAUUAUUUUUAAAGGGGCCCUUUAAUAGAAUGUUGGCUGGCUGCUCACUGCUUAGUAGACAUGCCCCUACGGAAUAGCGAGUAGGGGCAGAAGAGAAAUUGUAAUCUCCCUAAAUUACUAAUACCAAGUAAGCUUUACUUGAUAUUCGUAAAUUUGGCUGAAAGACUAGUUUAGGUCUUUCCGCCUUUUAGUAGAUAGCUCCCUAAUACCGUGGGAAUUAGGGAGCUAUCUACUCACAGCACGAAUAGGAUGAAAUUCCGAUCUGAACAAAGACUCCCGAAUUUUGCCCUAACACGAAUGCAGAAACUGUUCUCAUUCUGUUAGGAUGAGAUUCAGUAGUUUCGCCGGCGUUCGAACGCUGAACGAAGCAGCCGAGGAAGGUGAGAAUGGUGGGAAAAUGUCUUUGACCACAGGAAACUUUGCUCCUCCCCUGGGCCAUAGCUGGUCAAGCGUAGGAAAAAUACAUAAGACAAAAUAGUCCCUACUUUGUCUUAUGUUUUAAAGAAAACUAGAUCAGAUCAGAAGAAAUUAAGAACAGAUCCUGAGAGAGGGAGAGAAGAGGAAGCGAUUGGGGAAAGGUAAGCUCGGCAUGACAGUGCCACUUUAAGAUAAGACCAGAGACUAAUGAGUGUAUUUAGAACAUUUGGGCAGACUAGAUGGGCCAAAUGGUUCUUAUCUGCCAUCACAUUCUAUAUUUCUAUGUUAAGCUGGAGUAAAUGGGGUAGAAAGAGAUCCAGUAUAAUAUGCAACAGGAUAACUGAAAGGAGGGCUCAUGAAUAAAAUGGGAAAAUAGUGUUGUACUUGGAGUGCUAUAGUGUUGAAAUAUAAAAGAAAAAUAGUUAAAUGAGAACUAGAACAAUAGGAGUCAGCUGGAAUAAUAGGAAAUAAUUAACAAUCUAGAAUGAAUAUGAAAUGUCUGAAAUAAAGUAGGAGACAAUUGAUAAAAGGUGGGAAUACUUUUGUACUAUACAGGAACUGUAUGCAGCUGGAGAGAAUCGCCUGGGGACAGACGAGUCCAAAUUUAAUGCCAUCUUGUGUUCUCGCAGUAGGACUCAUCUUAAUGCAGGUAAUGAGAAUCUGUAACAUCACAAAAAUGUGUUUGUUUAAGAUCUUAUUUAAAAACUCAACUCACACACACUUCCCAGGGGAUGCAUUAAGCUGCCAAUGCCAUAUGUUCAAAUCAUUUUGACAGCACUACUAUUAAAUAAGGCAUUCCUUGAAUAAUAGAAAUAGAAAGAAAGGAUCAGCGCUGAUAAGCCAACAGAGAAGGCAAUAAGUAUAACAGCAAGGCAGCACACCAAUGGAAAGGGGGUCCCCUCUAAUCCCCUAAAGAUACAAAUAGAAGGAGAGGGAAGGACAAGGAUGCGCCUUUUACUCACAAUAUCCAGAGCUUAAAUCCAGCUCUGGUUUGAAUGACACAAAAUGGAACAAUCCCCACUUAAGGAUAUUUGCUCUUCUAGGAUUCUUCAAUGAGUUCGUUCAAUAGGGUGGUCCGGCUCAGGAUAAAAUAAAAUAAAAUAUAUAGUGUUCCCUGUAUAAUUUAGGAUGAAAAAAAAUAGAUAAAAUAUACUCACAGUAUAAUGAGCAGACACACUGCUCAGUUAGUAACAUGUGGGUGGUACAAUCCCACCUAGGGAUUCUUUGAUACUUCCUUUUGGCAAAAGAACGAUGAUUUCAGAUCAGGAACAUAAAGAAUACCAAAAUUAAGGUAAUAAAAUACUAUAGUAAAAAAAAAGGAAAGUGGCAACAGUUUAGAAAAUAGCCAAAAUUCCUUUAUUAACACUUAAAAAAUAAAUAUAAAUAUAAAAAGUUUCUAGACGCGUUUCACCACAACGGAUUCAUCAAGUAGAAACUUAUAGGAAAAAAAACAGAUCUGACAUAUACUGCUUUUAUAAGGAACACAUAAUUACAGUGCUAAUUUGCAAUUCCCGCCUAAAUUACAUCAUCAGCGUCAUAGGUGGGGGUGUAAAACACUAAAAUUUAAAAAAACUCAAUAAGAGAACGUGUAACUAGGUGUGGGAGGUUGUACACAUCUUUUUAUUUUAAAACAAAACUUCUAAAUGUGUAAAAAUUAAAACGCUAAACUUCCGACAUCACGUGAUGGGGAAGUAAACAAGUGCGUCACGUGGUGUCUGUGGGCCGCAUGCGUCAUCAGUUCGUGGAACGCAUGUGCGGCAUUACAGGAACAGCUAGCCAAGUGCAUCACCCCGUGGGAGGAGUCAAGUAUCCUGGGCAACACAACCUUGUGCGGGCAGAAUAACGGUGUGAUGUCUAGUGUAGAUCACAGCAUGGACAGCACACUGUUACACGGCCUCCUGUUUGAUGUGGGAUCCAAACCCCAAAUGGGCUGCCUAAUACGGACAGAGCAGACCAUUAUUAUUGGGUAAACACAGAGAUCUGGUUACAUAGAUAUUAAUGAAUUUAAAUAGUUACAUUCACAUAAGUCACAAGUAAUACAUAAGUGUAUAUGGUGGUAAUAAACAAUACAGGUGAGUAUAAAAAGGAACAUCCAUAUGACAAAUGAAAAUAAAUUCAACGAGAAGCAUAUUACUAAUAAUAAUAUUAGAAAUAUAAGGAUUAAAAAUAUUACUUAUGAAAAAAUAAUAAUGCCAUAUAUUAAAUUUUUAUGGCAUUAUUUUAUCUCAAAAGUAAUAUUAUUAAUCCUUAUAUUAUAUCCAUUGUACUAUUAGGAUCGCUUCCUGGAAACGUGGAAGUAUUUAUUUUACAUGUUUUAAGGCGCACCCUUGUCCUUCCCUUUCUUUUUAUUCCUUGAAUAAUGCCUACUCCUAUAUCUAUAUUUAUAUAGGCAUAUAUAUUUUUAUAGGAGUAGGCACUGCUCAACAAAUGCCUUAUUUAAUUGUAUAUUUAUAGAGAGAGAAUUGGAAAAAUAUUCAAUAUUCCAACUUAUAACAUAUUUUUAUUUAAAGGAACACCAUAGGGUCAGGAACACAAACAUGUAUUCCUGACCCUAUAGUAUUAACAUCACUAUCUAGCCUCCCCUUGUCAUCCUAAAUAUAGUAAAAUCUUACCAUUAUUCCAGCCUGCUGGUGCUGGCUCUGCCCCUGAUCUGCCUCCUUGGCUGACAUCAGAAGUGAUCAUAUGAUCCAAUCACAAUGCUUUUCCAUCGGAAAGCAUUAGAUUGGCUUAGGUUGCCAAAGAGGUGGGGCAGAGCCAAACACCACCAUGGCCAAUCAGCAUCUCCCCAUAAAGAUGCAUUGACUCAAUGCAUCUUUAUGAAGAAAGUUUAGUGUCUCCAUGCAGAGGGUGGAAACACUAAAUGUCAGUGCUGCAUACUCUGUGGCACUGACCCAAGGAAGCACCUCUUGCAGCCAUAGGAGGAGUGGCCAGUGGAGGUAUUCCUAGGCUGUAAUGUAACACUGCCUUUUCUCUGACAAAAACGGUGUUCACUGCAAAAGGCAUGCAGGAACUGACUAUACUCACCAGAACAAAUACAUUAAGGUGGUUGUUCUGAUGACUAGUGUCCCUUUAACUGUGCGAUCUCGAACAAGCUCAAUAAUAUCACGCAAAUCAUAAUGAAUUUCUCUAGUUUUCUCUUCAAUUGCUGCCAAAUGCUUACAUCCUUGUAAUUCCUUAAAAUAUUUAUGAGUAUAAUCUUUUGCACAAUUGGCAGCAAGCCCAGAACUAUGUGUGAUACAUUUUGCUAAAUAUCAGUAUGUUUAUUGGGAAUGGUCUAUGUGAACAAAAUAGUUAAAUCAGUUGCUGCCUUCUGUAGUGGAGUAGUGGUAUUAUCCACUGUAUCUUCGCUGGUAGACAGGAUGAAGCAGGUAAAAUGCAGGUAGCGUAGUUACAAUCCUUUUCUCCUAAGAACUAGACGACACAUAGCUUGGAGGUUAAAACACUUGCAUCUCACCAGGCUGAGACACACUCUUUAAUGAUUACAGUUUCCUUUAAACACAGACCUUCGCAGGGGGGUCUGCAUUCCACACCAUACACUUCCUUUAGUCCCAGGCAGGAGGGGGUUGGGUUACAGAUAGCCAUCUCCUGCCUUAGGAGAUACAAGCAGUACACAGGAAUACACUUUACAUCAUAUUACAUUCAGGGGGGGGUUACACUUUAAGUGGCUGGUUUGGCCACAGAUAGGAAUAGCAAUGCAGUAAUAGCAAGAUAUAUACAAGGACAUUCUGUAAGUGGCUAGGUUUGCCACACCUUCAAUAUGUUCUACAAAUUUUUGCAAUUCUCCUGAAAUAGGACCACCCUAGCCCCUCUUUUUUUAUAUAUAUUUUUUUCCCGGAAGCUGACAGUAGGAGAAUUGCUUAAAGCAGCUCUGUCUUCUGGAGGGACUUGAUGCAUUGAAAAAGGGAUUACCCCGAAACAUUUGAUGUUUGUCCUUCAAAUAAAGUGGUAAUAGCACGCUGUUUAGUGCACUCGACAACUAUUUGCUUGAUGCUGCAUAGUGAGUACUGUUACUUUGAAUUUGUAUUUUUUUUUUUUUCUGGAGUUUCCUCCAGUUCCUCAUAUUCUUUUUUUUCUUCUGGAGAAGAUGGCAGUAGAGAAUGGGAAAAAAACGUAUUACCAUUGUUUUAGAACAUUUUCGCAGUAUUGUUUUUAAAAUGCAUUAGGGGAACCUGUCUAAGCUUAUUAUGCUGUUAUCUUUUUAGAUACGUCUCCAAACCUCCUCUGAUCUAACCAUUCCAAAACAGAGAUUUAAGCAGAAUAUUGACCGCUUGUCAUGUAUCUGUUAAGUGCAUGACGGGAAACAUAGUUUCCUUGUUCGAUACACUUGCAAAUAAAAAUUUGAUGUCUCUAUUUAAUAUUUAACAGGAGGUCAGUGCAUCUGUGUACACACUUAUGUUUAUGUAUGCAUUUGUAUUUACCACUGGUCAUGUUUAUGUUACAUAAUUUUUGUUUGUUACAAUUUAUUUGAAUACAUGAUCUCCAUAUGCAAUACAAAAUAGGACUCAAGCCUGAAAUUUGAAUUUAAUAUUUCAUUGCCAAAUGUUUUGCCAAUUUGGUGAUGCGUUUUGUUGACUAGAGAACAAAUUAAAAAAUUACAUAAAUACCAAGAUCUAUGUUGGUUAAUACUGCAACUUUCUAUGGUUCCUAAUUGUAUUACCAGUGUUCACUGAAUAUCAGCGGAUGUGCAAUCGUGACAUUGAGAAAAGCAUCUGUCGUGAGAUGUCUGGGAAUUUGGAGAGCGGCAUGCUGGCAGUGGGUAAGUGAUCUUAAAUCUUUCAUGUAUGGUUUUAUGCUCUUUUUUUUUUUUUUUUUUUUAAGUAAUAUUUUACCCGGUAGUGACAGUCGAGCCAAACUGUUGUCUUGGUAAUACCAACUUGUUGGAGCUUAUAAAACGAUAUCCCUCUCAGACUUUUUUUUUACAGUUCUGUCUUGAAUUCCCUUUCUUCCUUAACUUAUUUUUUCCAAUAUGAUCUGAAAUAGUAUACUGAUAAAGUAGAAAUACAGUGUAUUGAUAAAAUACCUCUGGUUUGCGUGUUAUUUUUAAAAGAAAGUUUCAUUUAUAUCUUGAAUCGAACAAUAUUUUUAAGCUACUAAUGAUGAUGAUUUUUUUUCUUGGCACGGUCUCUCAUAAGCAGUCAGAAGAUAACUGGUAAAUCUAAGAUCACACACUCCACCGAGAUUUCAUCUCAUAGUGUUCUACGAAGGGAGAUUUAUGUGUUUUGUGUUUAUUCUUUCCAUGCAUGUUUGACGUGCUGCAAUGCAUGUGUUUAUGUGGUGGCUUUUCUUCUUUGCCACUUGUGUGUCAUAAAAACCAUAAAUUCACCCCAAAAAAUGGUUUUAAAGUAUUAAUUUUUCUAUGACAAUGUUCUAUAAUGUUUCAUAUUCUUUUGUGAUUCUGUCAAUGACCUAUUGUAGCUUUGGUGAUUUUAUCUGUGAGUUUAAAAAUAUAAUCUGGCAAUUUUUUAUUUUUUUUAGAUUUAAGCUCAAAUGGACAAUUUUAAUAGAAUUUUAGAUUUAUUUUUUCCACUGAAAAAGGCAUAUAAUUUACUGCCUAGCUAGCACAUGGAAUUAGGGCAAAACCACAACUGUGUAUGUAGUUUGAUGUUCAAGCAUAUCUUUUUCAACCUCAUUUAUAUGUUUCAUUCAUCUGUUGUGAGAUCAGUUGCAGCCUUGGCCUUGCAAUCGUUCUACCAGGUUUAGAAAAAAAUACAUAGAAGAACCAACUUGUUCUUUUAUUUUUAUUUUUUUGUAGCAAGCAGUAGGUUUGAUGCAGAUUUAAUAUACAGUAUGUGUGAAACAAAAAUGUGAUUAAAAGAAAUCAUAGACUUUUGUAUUUCAUAUUGUGUUUUUGAGAAUCCAAUUUCCCAAGAUAACAGUAAAAAGGAAAUUCUCAUGUGCCCUGCUUAUUUUAAUGAUUCACAAAAUUACACAAGAAUGUAAAUGUUCUGGUAUUGCUGAAAGGGUGAAAAAACAGGAGUAGGUGAUUGCGCAGGUAGCUUAUAAGUCCACAAAUUUGUGGUACGUCCCUAGGUUCUGUAAAAAUAGAACACCAACAUAGGGUAGUAUGUCAAACAUAUAAUAUUCAAUUGAGAAGCUUGGAAAAACUCACAAUUUGAUGAGCAUUUAUAAGUUUGCUCUAAACUAUAUAGCUGGAGUGAAUCAUUCAGAUGUACAUAGAUCCAAUGUAUAGGUCCCCCAGGAGGUGUUUGCAGUCCUCAAGCAGGUAAAUCAGGAACCAGGUAACCGGGUACAGGUAGAAAAUGAAUUUAUUAUAAUAAAACACAAUAAAAAGCACAACGCGUUUCGACCCAACAGAGAGGGUCUUUUUAUUGUGUUUUAUUAUAAUACAUUUAUUUUCUACCUCUCAUCAAAUUGUGAGUUUUUCCAAGCUUCUCAAUUGAAUAUUAUAUGUUUGACAUACUACCCUAUGUUGGUGUUCUAUUUUUACAGAACCUAAGGACGUACCACAAAUUUGUGGACUUAUAAACUACCUGCGCAAUCACCUACUCCUGUUUUUUCAUUUGUAUAUGUAAGUGUAUGUAGUGACUAUACACUAAGGUGUUUUUGCUGCAUGCUAUAUUAGUAGCACAUUUUUCUAUUAGCGCCACCCUUUCUCCUUUUCUAUUUCUAUAUUGCUGAAAGGGUGGUAGAGGUUUACAUACUCUAGAAGUGGUGAGUUACUAGAAGCCAGACUGUGAACUUUGCUAGUAAACAAUGGCUUCUUUAACAUCAUUUUAUGAAUGUAUGGUGUUUAACCCUGCUUCGUAAAUUGACCUCUAUUUCUUUAUGUGAGUAUAUUGCAGUGGCAGAUUAAUUUACCAAGAUGGAACAAAACAGUUUCCGUUAAAAUAUAAUAGUGUUUUGCAGUGUAUGAUCUAUGAUUGGGAGGUUACAAUUGUUGUGUUUUGGUUUGUUUUUGGCACGGAGUUCCCUUUGAUGAUUGGUUGAGGCACAUAGCAUGUUAGAAAUAGUUAGAAAUAGAUGUUCCAACCAACGUAAGUGUAAUUUGUUAGCAUUAUUUUAACUGUAGUCUAGAUUUUUCAUUUCAAGAGUUAUAUUCUACAUGGGAAGGAGUUUAUACAACCCUAAUCCCUGUUAUUAUAUUGUGUUUUCCAGUAAAAUGCCUUAAAAACACCCCAGCCUUCUUUGCAGAACGACUUAACAAAGCAAUGAGGGUAAGUCAGAUAUGGGUAAUUCAUUUGGGAAAUGCUUGUAUGUUUUCUAAUUGUUCUUUGAUAGUAAUAGUGUACUUUUUAUGUGUGAUUCAGCAUGUAGCAAUAUUUGAAAUUGUACAAUCAGUGGCUCACUCUGCCAAUGAUCAACUGUGUAACCAGAGAUUUAAAAGACUGUAUUAAAUUAUUAGCAACGGAAAAGUAAUCAAUACUAAUAAUUAAUAAUACUAAUAAUUUCUGUAAAUGAUUACAUAAACAACAAAAAUAUAGUGAAAUGUAAAAAUAUAGUAAUACAUACAUCUCUGUAUUAAUAAUAAAAAAGGCCAAUCCACCAAUAGUAGUGUUGGUGGAUUUCGGUUGAAUUUAUAGGUGUUUUUGCUUUUGUUUUUGUUAAUAAUGUGGAUUUUUUAUUAACAUGUUUAGCUUGGAUGGACUGUAGGAAAAUUAUAUUUUGUUCAAUCAUUACUUCUAAAGGGCGCUGGAACGAAGGACAAAACUCUGAUCCGAAUCCUGGUGUCCCGUAGCGAGGUGGACCUGCUGGAGAUCCGCAAGGAGUAUAAGAGACUUUAUGGAAAAUCUCUGUACACAGAUAUUACGGUAAGAAAGCAAGCUGUAGGACAGGCCAGCAGGUAGAAGAGAGCACUUCUUCAGAUAGCAUUGCUCUCAUUGUUUCCAACUAAUAAAAAUAAAUCUAAGAGGUGUUUCACUUUUUGAUGGAUUACAGAUAGACAGAUUUAUAUUGGAGCUAUUGAAGCUAGAAACAAGGUAACAUAGAAUGUGAUGGCAGAUAACAACCGUUUGGCCCAUCUAGUCUGCCCAAUUUUCUAAAUACUCUCAUUAGUCCCUGGCCUUAUCUUAUAGCUAUUAUAGUCUUAUGCCUAUCCCACACAUUCUUCUUUUAAAUAUAGUCUCCUCCUUUACUGUGUUGAUUUCCUUAAUGUAUUUAAAUGUUUCUAUCAUAUCCCCCGUCUCAUCUUUCCUCCAAGCUAUACAUGUUAAAACUUACGAGGAAAGGUUAAAGGAUCUUAUCGUGUAAACUAUGAACCAGUUUAGUAGCCCUUCUCUGAACUCUCUCCAAAGUAUCAAUAUCCUUUUGAAGAUACGGUCUCCAGUACUGCGUACAAUACUCCAGAUGAGGUCUCACCAGUGUUCUGUACAAUGGCAUGAGCACUUCCCUCUUUCUACUGCUAAUACCUCUCCCUAUACAACCAAGCAUUCUGCUAGAAUUUCCUGCUGCUCUAUUACAUUGUCUGCCUACCUUUAAGUAAGUGGGUGAGGAUGUUUGUGUGUUUGUGAGGGUGCUGUUUGUGUGCCAUGUGUGAGGGUGAGGGUGCUGUUUGUGUGUGUGUGUGUUUGUUAGGGUCCUAUUAGUGUGUGGUGUGUGUGAGGGUGCUGUUAGUGUGGUGUGUGUGAGGGUGCUGUUAGUGUGGUGUGUGGUGUGGGUGCUGUUAGUGUGGUGUGUGGUGUGGGUGCUGUUUGUGUGCUGUGCUGUGUGUGUGGGUGCUGUAUGUUUGGGUGAUUGUGGGGGUGGAGUUGGGGGCAGGUCUGUUAAUAUGCCUCCUCCCUUGUUACCUUAUUUAGGGAGGGGGGAUCCUUGUUGUUGCUGCCAUCCUUGGUGGUCCAGUGGAGAGUGAACUCUAGCCUGCAGGGUUAGAGUUCACUCUCGCGAGAUCUGAGCAUUGCCGUGGCAACGCUCAGUUCUCGCAAGAGGAACCUGGCAGAGCUGCUGGCUAGGGCUCCCCGGGUCCUCUCCUGCCUCCCUCCAUGCUGCUAUGGGCCGGUGAGGUAGAUCUUUGAUCCCCCCACCGGCCCAUGGAGGCUUAGAGCAGAGCCGGCACUCGGAUAGCAUAAAACAUAGGCGUGCCGCGCGGAUUAGGGUGUGCCCAGGUACACCCGGCACACCCCGUGCGCACGCCUAUGCCCCUCAAUCCCUUUCCUCAGAUGUUGAGGUUAGGACUCUAUCAAAUAUCAAAUAUUCUGUACUCUGCCCUUGGGUUUUUCUGUCAAAGAUGCAUUAUCUUGCAAUUAUCCACAUUAAAUGUCAGUUGCCACAACUCUGACCAUUUUUCUAGUUUACCUAAAUCAUUUGCCAUUUGGCUUAUCCCUCCUGGAACAUCAACCCUGUUACAUAUUUUAGUAUCAUCAGCAAAAAGACAUUCAAUUGUAUUUCUUUCUAUUUUGUAUUAAGUUUUCUAUUUAACCAUCUCAGACUGUGCAUCACAUGUAUUAACUGAAAACUGUGUGAUUUGUGGGAUGUUAUUAUUGUUAUUAGAGUGCAUUGGGAAACCGUGUAGAUUCUGAGCCAUUUGAAGUCUGAUACUUUACCAUAACACUUCCGUGCAUGUGAUUUUUCUGAAUUUGACGUCUAUUAUUUUUUUUUUGUCACAGGGAGACACAUCAGGAGACUACAGGAAGAUUCUCUUGAAACUGUGUGGUGGAAAUGACUGAAUGUAGCAUUCACUCUUUUGUAUGAGAGAAUAUCUCUGUCCAUUCUUAUCUGCAUUGGGGAGUUUGAUAAAAAUCAAGAUUUCUGUAUGAUGGGCCUCCAACUCUUUAAUCGUAAUUUUCUGGUGCAACAUGUUGCUUUAGUAGGAGACUUUGUCACUAUAAAGUCUUUGUACAUAUACAUAAAACACUCUCAGGCAUACAUCUCUCCUUGGUUAUGUCUUGAUCACAAUGUCCUUAGAUCCUUAUCUCCACCACACUACUGCGCUUUAUCAUAUUUUCUGGCAUAAUAUGUCUGCCACACUGUUACCAUUUCAUUUCUGUCACAGAUUGUUUUUAAGUUCUUGAAAUGUUUCUCCCCUUGUGUUAGUAGUCAUUGUAGAUCAGGACCCAUGAUGGCAAUCAUAUUGUUUUUCUUACCUUGUCGAAACAUGUCAAUACACAAAGGAAUUAUUUGUUUUAAGAUGGUGCCUGCUGUUAAUAUCUCAAAAUUUUAAAAGUAUGUUUUAAUCUGUGAAAAAACCAACAAGGUUAUAAUACAUAACAUUACAUAAACUGAAUAGUGAUAUGUUAUCUGGUGAUCACCUCGUUGUCACUACCGACAUAUAGUUAGUGUGCGUGAACUAUACAGUUGUUUUCUUUCUAAUCAUUGUAGUGUAUUGCGAGACAUUACACACCUUUUGCUCAGUGCUAACACAAGGCUGAAUUAAAGGGAUACUCAAAGCACCAACACUACUACAUCUCAUUGUAGUAGUAAUGGUGCUACCAGUCUAUGGAAUCUCUUAGUCAAUCAUUUCUAUACAGGUUAGACAGAACUAACACUUGAUAGGGUAGAAGUGUAGUUUCUGCAUUAUUAGUGCAGCUGCAGAGGACGCAAGCUGUAGGUGUCAAGAGCCCUCUAAAAUAAUUGGACCCUAUAGACUUUAAGCACCAUAACCACUACAUUAAUUUACAUUGAUUAUGGUGCUUAGACUGUUUUUUUUUAAUUCCAUGCCUAACGGAAAAUGCGGAUCAUUUCUUUAUAAUUAGGACUAGUUAUGGGUGCAAAGGCCAUAUACAGAUCCCCAUUUGUUAAUGUAUUGAACCACUUAGUGAAAUAUCAUAGCCAUACUCAUGAGACUGUGGAAAUGCCUGCCUGCUCGUGCUUGUAAUUCGUAAUUGCUUGUUUCCUUUGUUUUUAAUAAAUGGGUCUGCAUUGUUUUAGAGUGCAUUCCUGGUCCAGCUGGAGAAUGGCAAUGUUUGUCUACUCAAAGCCUUACCAAAGCUUUUAUAUAAACAAAAAUCUAUGCAGAACUCGUUUUUAUACUCUAAACCAAGUGCAAGUGUAUGUGCCUAUUUUAUAUUAGCUAGUGUGUUUUCUUUUCUUGUUUUGUUUUUUUCCAGAAUUUUAAUCAGAUUUUAUAAACCUUUUGCAAUACAGAAAAAUAACUUUCAGGGGUUGAGUUGAUUCAGUUGAGGAAGUGCAUUAGUCAAGGUCUGAAUGCUAGAUGGAGUGAGCUAUGUCAUAAAUGGUUGUCUUUUCAAGAUAUAAUGUAUCUGUGAUUGUUUGCAAAAUAAUUUUACAAUUGUUAGAUAUGCACAGAUGUUGUUGGUGUGGAAUUAAAAUAAAUGCGCUAUCCAUGAAAUGCCAUAUUUUUUUUUUCUUUUCUUUAUUUUCUCCCUUGAGUAUCUCGUGUUGCAUUGGAAGGAUC